AUGGCAGGCGAGGUUGCAAACGUAGACGCUGGUGGUGAAGCCCCAGCCGAAGGUGGUUCUCAACCCCGUUUCAACAAAUGGGCAAUGGCAAGGACGUUCAUCUUCCGUCUUAUUUUUACGUAUUUCUUUAUCAACCUCUUUCGUCGUAACACGGCGCCAUCCACUCCCACACAACCCGGGGCCACUGUGGGUCCAAGCUCCAACUUAAUAAUGAAAAACGAGUUCCUGGAUAUGUAUGCGUACCUCACUGAGACGCCGCAGUUGACGAACUUCAGUGAUUCCUCGUUGUUUUGGCAUCUCCAAGGUCUGCGGUACGGCAAUUGGGAGGACGGGGAUGCACAUGAUGGCAGCUACACAAAAACCGCAAUUAUAAAGGCUAGUGAGACCCUUAAGAACAAUGGUUCAAUGUACAUACAUAUCUACUUCGUAAUGCCAGGGUUUUCUCCCGAUCCCGAAUCAGAGGACCAGUAUUCAAAGCAAUAUACGUUUUCUGCCACAAAACAGAUUACGCGAAUGCGUAGACGUCGUCUUUCACGCACCAUGAACUUGCUUACUGGACAAACAGAGGCACCUGCCGACUUAGUUGCCCCGAAGGACAUCCCAGCCGACGUGAAAUAUCUCCCUCCAAUCACACACUGGCACCCAAAUCUCACAGUUAAUCUUAUUGAUGACCACACACCUUGGGUGCGCGGAUCAGUGCCCUCUCCCAUUAGUGAUUACAUUAAAUGGUAUGAACCGACGAACCAGUACUACCCCGCCGUGUACAUAAAUGACUUUUGGAACCUCAACGAGGAAUACAUGCCUGUGAAUGAAACCACGCCAGAACUCCAGUUUCGUCUCACGGUCGCGCCAAUGUCGCUCUUCAAGUGGCAGCUCUAUCUCUCCCAGAGCGCCAGGAAAUCCUGGUUUCCUGACAUUCUUGGCGAAAGCGACGAUGACAAAUUCAACGACGACGAAGACCAGGACAACAUGAAGAAAACCUUCUUGGAGACAAAUCCCUACUUGUUGGCGAUCACCAUUAUCGUGUCAAUAAUUCACUCGGUCUUCGAAAUGCUAGCCUUCAAAAAUGACAUCCAAUUCUGGCGCUCACGCGAGUCAUUCGAGGGCCUGUCGCUGCGUUCGGUGCUCUUCAACAUCGUCCAGUCAGUUGUCGUGGUGCUCUACGUCCUGGAGAAUGACACCAACUUUGUCGUCAAGGUGUCAGUUUGCAUAGGGCUGGCAAUUGAAAUCUGGAAGAUCCACAAAGUCUUCAAAAUCCGGCUGGACCGAGACAACAAGUGGUUCGGUGCGUUGCCUCGCCUUGUCUUCGAGUGGCAAUCCAGCUACGUCGAGUCCGACACCAAGGCCUACGAUCAGAUGGCUUUCAAGUACCUUUCCUGGGUGUUGUUCCCUCUGCUCAUAGCCUAUUCGGCCUACUCGCUGGUCUACGAGGAGCAUCGUGGCUGGUACCCGUGGGUUCUCUCGAUGCUCUACGGCUUCUUCCUUACAUUUAGCUUCAUCGCUAUGACACCGCAGCUCUUUAUCAAUUACAAACUCAAGUCUGUGGCUCACCUGCCGUGGCGCAUGCUGACGUACAAGGCCCUCAACACCUUCAUCGACGACCUCUUCGCCUUCGUCAUCAAAACGCCGACCCUCUACCGCAUCGGGUGCUUCCGUGAUGAUAUCAUCUUCUUUAUCUACCUCUACCAACGCUGGAUCUACCGCAUCGACCCCAAACGCGUGAACGAGUUCGGCGUGAGUCAGGAGAUGAUGGCGGAUGGCGGAGUAAAGAAGCAGGCGGAGGAGGAGAAGAAGGAGGUGGAGGAGGAGGCCAAAGGGAAAGAAGAAAAAGAAGAACAAGAACAAGAAGUGAAAAAGAAAAAGAAGAAGGCCUCAGGUGGCAGUAAGACGGAAGACGCGAAGUCCCCCACCGCAUCCACCGGAACUGCCGCCGAGGCCACCAAUGGCGUGCGUCACCGCCGUGGCGCAGCUGCCAAGUCCGCUGCCUCGUCGUAG